GGACAGAAAUGGCCACGCCACCUCCGCAUCGAGGCGGACAAUUGCUGGAGGGAAAAAAAAAACCAAUACCUUUUGUGUUUGGCCUCUCUUCUGGUGAAAUUCGGGAUUUUUUAACAUGUCGAAGUGUGGUUCAUGUUCGUUGGCCACACGCAUACCGACAUAGACGCGACUUUUAGUGUUUUCUCGAAAAAACUGAAGGACAACAAUGCUUACACCAUGAAGCAGUUGUUCUCGCUUAUCGAGUCGUCGCACAAGAUACCGCCGAAGUGCAUUGAGCUCGAUCACAUUGCCGAUUGGCGCCGGGUAGUGGAUCGAUACGUCGAUAGAACCAUCGUCGGCAUAUCGAAACCGCACCUCUUCAAAUUCUUCAUGCGUAACGGCAGUCCCGUCAUGGUGUACAAGAAAUACUGUACCGAUGCGGAAUGGAUGCCGGAAGGCAGACCAAUUCACUGGUUCCCGGUUGUCGAUGGCCAGUAUGUAGGCCCUACCUCCCCUCCACAGCCAUGUGUUAUUCCCCGUGUCGUUAAAGACGAUUUUCGGAUGGCUUGCGACAAUGUCCAAAAAUUUGUGGACGUCCUCGAACAUCAUAGACACAUGUGGCCGACAUAUAGGAAGGAGGAGGUCGACAAGCGGGAGGAUGCUUUGUCUUACUGGAAAGCCAUCUUCGUCGAGGCGGACGACAUGAUCCAAAAGCAAAAGAAGAAGGAGACGGAAGAGGGUGAGGAAGAGGAUGUCCUCGGGGCGGACGAGCCGGAGAUCUACCCUCACACCUUCUGGCCACAAUCAGUCGAAACUGUGGAGGAAGUUCAAGAAGCCGACCCUCCUUCGCCAGAUGCUUCGCUUAUAUAUGUAGGACCGAGGGCGGGCCGUCCAAAAGUGGACUUGGACCCUCGGCGCCAUAUAAACCAAGGUGAUUUUCUGAUUGUUAGGCCGCCUGAUGAGGAACUGUCUCAAGGUGUCCCGUUCUGGGUUGGCAGAGCACAGUCUGAGGUUGUGGACGACCGUUCGUCACCGCAUUUUGGUUGUUUAUGUAUACAGUGAACGGAUAUCGGGACUUCGUCGCAGAGUAGGAAGUCCUCAGCACCGGAUUUUGAUCUAAUCAUUUUGUCGAAGAACAUUUGGGAAGACAUUGGACGCUCUGGUCUGGACCGUGCCUACAUGCACCUCGAAGAUGAUGUUGCCCCGAACGGGGAAAUCCCUUCGUGGCAAAGUGCGGAAGAAUGACAACUUCGGAUUUGCCAUGAUGUAGGGUCGAACUUUUGGUACUUGUACACUCUGAUGAAGGAUGUACAGGCACACCCUAUCAGGUUUGAGUCACUUCUGAAGAGGGAACCCCUUGAAGAGGAACCCGUCCAAACUUCUAAGAUGGUUGAAGCAUGGCACAUUUUAUGUGAGAAACCUAAGUGGGCGUUGUUGGACAAGUUGCAUCAAAAACAGUGUGCCUGGUUUUGCCUCGGCCAACCGAUGAAGUCGGUGUCAGUGAUCAUGGACUACUUCGGUCAAGCGAGGGUGUGUAAUCAAGGCACCACCGUCGU